AAGAGAGAGUAUCCGCGGAGUAGCGGGCGAAGAAAUGGCGGUUGGCGGCGGCACCGGGAGCUCCAGAUCCGCGGCCUGCUGCGGCGCCGUGAUGCUCGCGGCGGUGCUGCUCUUCUUGGCACCGGCCACCACAGAGGCUUACGAUUCACUGGAUCCAAACGGCAACAUCACGAUAAAAUGGGAUAUCAUGGAGUGGACAGCUGAUGGUUAUGUUGCAGUCGUCACAAUGUUCAACUACCAACAAUUCCGACACAUCUCUGCGCCUGGUUGGCAACUGGGGUGGACGUGGGCAAAGAAGGAGGUCAUCUGGUCGAUGGUGGGGGCUCAGACCACUGAGCAGGGCGAUUGCUCAAAGUUCAAGAGCAGCCCUCCCCACUGCUGCAAGAGAGAUCCUACAAUUGUCGAUCUGCUUCCUGGCACCCCAUAUAAUCAGCAAAUUGCCAACUGCUGCAAAGCAGGAGUUAUAAAUACAUUUAACCAGGACCCAUCAAAUGCUGCUUCCUCCUUCCAGGUUAGUGUAGGUCUUGCUGGGACUACCAAUAAGACGGUUAAGGUGCCCAAAAACUUCACUCUCAAGGCCCCAGGUCCAGGGUACACAUGUGGCCGUGCUCUUGUUGGCAGGCCUACUAAGUUUUUCACCUCAGACGGGCGCCGGGCAACCCAAGCUCUUAUGACUUGGAAUGUAUCCUGCACAUACUCCCAAUUUCUUGCUCAGAAGACUCCAAGCUGCUGUGUAUCUCUCUCGUCGUUUUAUAAUGACACUAUUGUGAACUGCCCAACGUGCUCUUGUGGCUGCCAAAACAAUAACACUCGUCCAGGAAGCUGUGUGAAUGAGAAUUCGCCUUAUUUACAAUCUGCCAUCGAUGGCCCUGGCAAAUAUACUGGCCAGCCUCUUGUCCAAUGUACUUCCCACAUGUGCCCGAUAAGAAUCCACUGGCAUGUGAAGCUCAACUACAAGGACUACUGGAGAGUGAAAGUCACUAUUACAAACUUCAACUACCGAAUGAAUUACACACAGUGGAACUUAGUCGUCCAGCACCCCAACUUUGAUAAUAUCACAAAGCUGUUUAGCUUCAACUACAAGCCGCUUACCCCGUAUGGAGGCGGAAUAAAUGAUACUGCGAUGUUCUGGGGAAUGAAAUUCUACAAUGAUUUGCUCAUGCAAGCUGGUCCGCUUGGAAAUGCACAGUCAGAAAUACUUAUGAAGAAGGACUCUGCGACUUUCACCUUCGAUAAAGGAUGGGCCUUCCCACGACGUGUGUACUUCAAUGGCGAUAACUGUGUCAUGCCAUCUCCUGAUGCAUAUCCGUGGUUGCCUAAUGCAAGCCCUCUAACAAAACAACCAUUGACGCUACCGCUCUUGGUAUUCUGGACUGUGUUGGCUACUUUGCUGGCUUAUGUAUAAUGAAUGAGAUCAAGAGAUGCAGCAAGCUUCAAGUUGCUGUCAGGCUCCAUGAGGUAUGGGGCAACGGGUAAUUUGUUCAUACAAUUUCACUAGUGUUGUACACAAGAAAUGGCGUCGCAUAGAGGAAAGCUGAUAUAUGUGUUUUUUGUAUUUUAAAAGGGCCAAAAAUGUAUUUCUUUUUUCUUCUUGUUUACUGGCCACAACACUUUGGUGAACUUUAGUUACUGCAAUUUAGGUAAUUACAGUUGCCCCUCUUGUAUUUUAUAGCAUACCAGGAAUUUUCAUGAAUUAUAUGACUACCUUUCUUGUAGUAAAUGUAUGGGUUCUGUAACUGUUGGUUGAGAUAAUUUAGGUUUGUUUUCUUGCCA